GCCUGCCCUGUAUGUCUGGAAAGUGGAACAUUUUUAUCUUUCCCUCUGGGCUCAAGAAUUCGAAGAGUCUUUGUGCAUCUGAGUGUUUUAAAUGUCCUGAGAAGUUUUGUAGGUUAGGGUCUGUUUAGCUUGUCUUAAUUCUGCACUUCUCAAACUUAUUUCACCAUAAAACCCAUUGUAAUUAGAACAUCUUUAAUCAUCUUGCAGAAGAUUAGUAUUCUGCAGAACACAGUUUGGGAAAUAUUGUGCUAAAAUAUUAUUUAAAUACAUGAAAAUUUCCUAUAAAAUAAGUAAAGGAUUUCUUAUCUGCAUCCAUCCACAAGACAGAAAUUAUACUGACAUUAAACAUUUUCAAAGAAUAUCUAAUGCCAAGGGAAAACUGCUCACAGUAUGUUAACUGAAAACAAAAGGAUAUAGAACUAUACUGAAAUGCUCCAAUUUUUUUUAAAGAGAUUUGACACAAAAGGUAGGACAGAAAACAAAGAUAGUGGUAGGUAGCUCCACCCAAGAAGGCCUGGGCCUUGAAAAAAGAUGCUUUUAAAGUAAUACGUGAAACAAUAAGACCAUAAAGGAAAGCUGCAUGUGUGACAGAGGAAGGAGGCCUCAACUGCUUUGUUUCUGUCUUCUUUAUUAAGGACUGAACAGGGGGAAAAAAAUCACGUUUAGAAAGAGGAGCUGGAAGGCAGGGUAGGUGAAGAGCUUCUUUCUAUGAGCCCGGCCUCAGCUUAGUGUUAGGAAGAACCGACACAGCUGUGUUCAAAGAUGCCAUCAACUUACAUGGGGUAGAAGUUAUCCAGGAAGCCUAAGUGACUUGGUGAUAUUUCAGAUCCCUUUCGAAUUUAGAUUCUUUGUUAAAACUGUCUUUAUUUGAAGCCUUUAUAAGAAACCUAGAGUUACCUUAACCCAGUGUGGCAGGGUGGAAAGAAACUUUGGAGUCAGUUUGAUUCUGUACACUGCCCUUAUUAACUGCAUGAGUUUGGACAAAAUAUUUAAUUUCUCUGACAUCAUUUCCUCAGCUACCAGGCCUGCUACAUACAGAGCUCCAGAACCUAUUGGCCGUCUUCAGGAACAUUAUAAUAAUCUAUGUAUACAAAAUUCCCAGAGAAUUAAUUCUUUUAUAUUGCAUAGACUCCAAGGAGUGGAUGAAGAAAUUGAAAAGGGAUUGAAAGGAAUCACAUUAAACAUUCCUGGUAACAACUGCUCAGUGCCAGUGGAAAGAGUAACAAGUGAAGAUUUUUGGAUUCUUUCCAAGAUUUUACAGAAGAAUACAUAUAUUAAUGGUUUGGAUGUUAGAUAUAACCUCAUAAGUGAUUUCGGUGCACAAUAUGCUGCAAAACUGCUUCAGAAACAACACAAUCUCAUUUACUUAAACCUCAUGUUUAAUGAUAUUGGGCCCAAAGGUGGAGAACUGAUUGCUAAAGCACUACAUAAGAAUACAACUCUGAAAUACCUAAGAAUGACUGGAAACAAGGUUGAAAAUAAAGGUGGAAUGCUUUUUGCUGCAUUGCUACAAAUUAAUUCAUCCUUAGAGAAGUUAGAUCUGGGUGACUGUGAUCUGGGAAUGCAAAGCGUGAUAGCAUUUGCUACAGUCCUAACUCAAAACCAAACAAUUAAAGGAAUAAACCUAAACCGACCUAUACUCUAUGGUGAACAGGAAGAAUCCACAGUUCAUCUAGGCCACAUGUUAAAGGAAAAUUGCUGCCUUGUUGAAUUACACAUGAGUAAGCAUGGUAUGAAAAAUUGUGGCCUAAAACAGUUAUGUGAUGCACUGUAUCUGAACAAAAGCCUGCGCUACCUUGAUGUCAGCUGCAAUAAAAUAACUCAUGAUGGAAUGGCGUUUUUGGCUGGUGUACUGAAAAGCAAUACUACCCUGGAAGUAAUAGAUCUUUCUUUUAACAGAAUAGAAAAUGCAGGAGCAAAGAAUCUCAGUGAAACUCUUACUUCACACAACAGGAGUCUUAAAGCGUUGUCAGUAGUCAGCAACAGCAUACAGGGAGAAGGACUUGUUGCACUUUCACAAUCAAUGAAAACAAAUCCCACACUCUGUAAUAUCUACAUUUGGGGAAACAAAUUUGAUGAGGCUACAUGUGUGGCUUAUACAGACUUAAUUCAAAUGGGCCGUCUAAAACCAGACAAUACAGAUGUGGAGCCAUUUGUGGUAGACGGACAUGUGUAUCUUGCAGAAGUCUCCAAUGGCCUUAAAAAGCACUAUUACUGGACACCAACUUGUGGAGAAGCUUGCAACAACACAUCUAAUGCAGGUUAUAGUCUUGUACCAGUAGGUGAACAGCUAUGAAAAACAGCUCUAAAAUAAUUUUCACACAUUUGUCUUUCUACGUUCAGAGAUUAAUAUUUUAUUGCCUAUUUCUUUCAUAAAUUAGAACAAAGUAUUUUUGUCAAAUAUGUAAAAGAUGACUACGUUAAACUUCGUAUACCUAUCUAUUAUGAAAACUGAGAAGAGUAAUUUUAAAAAGAAAUUUUACAAAAUAGAGACUAAAAUUUUUACACCCUGGAAAAUCAAGGAACUAUUUUUAUAAAGAAAACAUAACCAAGUAGUAAAGUAGCAUUUAAGGAAAGGUCAUUAUAGGCAUGCUAACUGAAAGUUGUCAUGAAGUGGUAAAAAGGUUUCAGGUGGCAGAUUCUCAGGGAAUUCCAAGGGGUUUAGGGGUUGAAAAAGUAUUUUAUAUGUCUUGUUUAGGUAUUACAGAUGGGUACUGAUACAGUCACACAAAUACAGGCAAACAUAUAUAAACAUAUAUAAAUACAUAUAAAAGUGUACUUUCCAAACAAGCCAGUGCUGCCAGUGAGCUUUUUAAGAUAGCUCUCUCUUUUGGAGGAUGCCAGUAACAUUUUAAUGAUUUGAUGGUGAAUAAUGACCGUUGCCUGUAGCCAAUCUUGUUUUCAAAUUAAGAUUCCUAGAAAGAAACAGUUGACACUGAUCCUUUGAUUAGAGACCUAUACUCACAAAUCAUACAUAGCAAGAAGAGGCUGUUUAAUCUGAAUGGUUUCUUACUGCUCAAGCCAGGCAAAGUGUGAAAAAAGUAUGUGAACAGUUUUUAAAAGGUACUUUAAGCUGAGGUUCUACAGUCUAAAAGAAAAUAACAACCUACUUCUAAAUCUUGAGAAAGGAGGUGGAAUAUAAAGGUGGUGGUCAACUUUACAGUUGUCAAAGUAUUGAGGUUCACUUAAAGUACUGGGGAUUCCUCAAAUCAUAGCUGUAUUCUAAACAUUUAACAUUAAAACAUAUCUGCCAUUGUCCAUUCCUUUAGUAGAUUAAACCAUGAAGAUAAAUACCCCUACUCACUAUUUCACUAUUUUUAAAGUUUAACAGGUCUUUCCUUAUAUUCAGCACCUAAUACCACCUUUCCAUACCCCCUGGGAAGGAGGGGCAGCAGAGGGGGCAAAGAUGGUGGUGGUGGUUAUAAAAUGGGAAGAACAUUUGAACUGUAUCAGGCAUUAUUUUCAUUUAGUGUUAUAGAGUCACUGAGUCAGAAAGACCUAAAUGCCUUAACAAAUUCAUUCUGAUGCUUUCAGAGAGAUGAAUUUGAAUCAUCCAGGACAGAUGGUUGCUAUCAGGUUGAGUCUAUGCUGAAAAAAAAUCUUAAAACAUCUGGAAUUAGUUGAAAAAUACACAGUAGUUCAUGUUAGUAACAAAAUGUGUGAAGUGGAUUUCAAGGUAUUUUUUUAAAGAUAGUGUUUGUAUGUUAUAUUAAAGAAAACUACCGUAUCUGGUCAUGGAAUUUUAGAUAUAAUAUGACCUUCCAUUGAUGCAAAAACAUUUGUUGAAAAUUUGCUGUCAACAAAUGUUUACAAUGGAAUAAAUAAAACUGUACAGACCACAGAAUAUAUCUUAACACUUAUACUGAUUUUACUAAUUACUGAUUUUACUCAGUUAUUAAGUUUUAUAAAACCUUACGUGGCAAUGUUCUUCUCUACAUGUUUCAAAUCUUUCCAUUUUAAGAUCUCUCCUCUGUAGUUAUAAAGACUAGUUGGUUUUUUGCAAAAUUCUUAUUCCUUUCUUACAUGCUGAAUAUAUCUAGAACUAAAUAUUUGUAUCUAAAAAGCUGUAUGUCCCAGGAAAGUCAGUGUCUCUGUAAUAAUUAAAAAUGCAGUAGGAAAUGAAUAAAAUUUGUUUUUUAAUCAAA